AUGCAACAGGUCCUGGACAACCUCAGUGACCUCCCCAAUUCCAUGGGAGCUGGAGAUCUGGAUCUCAUCUUUCUCCGUGGCCUCAUGGAGAGUCCAAUAGUAAGGUCAUUGGCUAAGGCUCAUGAGCGGCUGGAGGAGACAAAACUGGAGGCUGUGCGGGACAACAACUUGGAGCUGGUCCAGGAGAUACUUAAAGACAUCACACACAUUGCUCAGCAAGAUAGCACAGCAGCUGAAUUGGCCCGCAUCCUCCAGGAACCCCACUUCCAGUCCCUUUUGGAAACCCAUGAUUCUGUUGCCUCUAAGAGCUACGAGACUCCACCACCCAGUCCUGUCCUGGACCCCAUGUUCAACAACCAGCCAGUUCCACCAGAUGCUGUACGCAUGGUGGGAAUUCGUAAGACUGCUGGAGAACACCUGGGUGUGACUUUCCGUGUGGAGCGUGGUGAGCUGGUUAUUGCACGUAUCCUACACGGUGGCAUGAUUGAUCAGCAGGGGUUGCUGCAUGUGGGUGAUAUUAUCAAGGAGGUGAAUGGGCAAGAGGUGGGCAGUGAUCCACGAGCCCUCCAAGAAGUGCUAAAAAAUGCAAGUGGAAGUGUUGUACUCAAGAUCCUGCCCAGUUAUCAGGAGCCACAUCCACCACGCCAGGUAUUUGUGAAGGCACAUUUUGACUAUGAUCCAGUCACUGACAACCUCAUUCCAUGCAAGGAAGCUGGUCUGAAAUUUGUAGCUGGAGAUCUUCUUCAGAUUGUCAAUCAGGAUGAUCCCAACUGGUGGCAGGCCUGCCAUGUGGAAGGUGGGAGUGCAGGGCUGAUCCCAAGCCAGCUGCUGGAAGAGAAGCGCAAGGCUUUUGUGAAGCGUGACCUUGAAGUCACACCAUCUUCAGGGGCCUUGUGUGGAAGCCUUAGUGGAAAGAAAAAGAAAAGGAUGAUGUAUUUGACCACCAAAAAUGCAGAGUUUGAUCGACAUGAGCUACUGAUCUAUGAAGAAGUGGCUCGAAUGCCCCCUUUCCGCAGGAAAACUUUGGUGCUCAUCGGUGCCCAGGGGGUUGGAAGGCGUAGUAUUAAGAACAAGAUUAUCAUGUCUGACCAGUCUCAGUAUGGAACUACCAUCCCAUACACCUCACGGAGGCCCAAGGAGCAUGAAAAAACUGGACAAGUCUAUAGCUUUGUGACUAGAAGUGAGAUGGAGAGAGACAUCAAAGCAGGCCGCUAUCUGGAACAUGGUGAAUAUGAGGGGAACCUCUAUGGAACCAAGAUUGACUCCAUUCAUGAGGUUGUGGAGUCAGGCAAAAUGUGUAUCCUAGAUGUCAACCCACAGGCUGUGAAGGUGUUGAGGACAGCUGAGUUCGUCCCAUAUGUGGUGUUCAUUGAAGCACCAGAUUUUGAGACUUUACGAGCUAUGAACAAAGCAGCUUUGGAUAGUGGUGUAGCUACUAAGCAACUCACGGAUGCUGACCUGAAGCGUACUGUGGAUGAGAGCUGCCGAAUUCAGCGCGGCUAUGGGCAUUACUUUGAUCUCUGCUUAGUGAAUGAUAAUAUGGAGCGGACAUUCCAGCAACUUCAGGUGGCCUUGCAGAAGCUGUACAAUGAACCACAGUGGGUUCCUGUCAGCUGGGUUUACUAG